AUGCUUAGCUAUACGCCACGGUUGACCCCUGAGGGCGAGUUCCUGCCAUUGGACAAUGAAGACAUAAAUGUCGGCUUUGACACUGGAACAGAUCGCAUCUUUUUGGUGUCGCCUGUGACCAUCGUGCAUGAGAUUAAUGAAGAGAGUCCAUUCUUCGAGAUGGACAGACGUACACUAGAGGGAGACAAAGAACUGGAAGUGGUGGUAAUUCUGGAGGGCAUGGUGGAGGCCACAGCCAUGACAACCCAAUGCCGAUCUUCAUAUCUGGCCUCUGAGAUCCUCUGGGGUCACCGUUUCGAGCCUGUGCUCUUUGAAAGGAAGAACUGCUAUCAGGUGGACUACUCCUACUUCAACAGGACAUACAAGGUUACGGACAUGCCCACCUGUAGUGCUAAAGAGUUAGCAGAGAGACGAUACAUCUUGGGAUCCCGUUCCUCUUUCUGCUAUGAGAACGAGGUGGCUCUGCAGCUCUCCUCCUCUGUCUCUCCCUGCCUUGAACAGUACUCUCCCUCCCCCUCGUCUGCACCCUCUCCGUCACCUUCUUGCGUACACCCCACACCUCCAUCCCGACAGGACUCCUGUAGUGAGCAUCCACAUAUACACUGA